AUGAUGGAAUAUAAGCUCGUGAUGGUGGGUGCUGCGGGUAUGGGGAAGAGUGCCCUGACCAUCCAGAUCAUCAGGAACCACUUCGUGGAAGAGUAUUGCCCCACCAUCGAGAAAUCCUACCAGAAGCAAGUGGUCAUUGACGGAGAGCAAGUGGUCAUUGACGGAGAGCCAUGCCUGCUGGAAAUCCUGGAAACGAUUACCCAGGAGGAGUACAGGUUCAUGCAGGACCAAUUCUUGUGCACUGUGGAGGGCUUCAUCUGCAUAUUCACCAUCACCAACACCAAAUCUUUCGAGGACAUCCACAAAUGCAGAGAGCAGAUCAAGCGGCUGAAGGACUCAGAUGAUGUGUACGUCAUCCUAGUAGGGAACAAGUGUGACCUGGCUGCACGCACUGUGGAGUCUCAGCAGGCACAGGACCUUGCCCGAAGCCACAGCAUCCCCUACAUAGAGACAUCGGCCAAGACACGCCAGGGCGUGGAGGAUGCCUUCUACACCCUGGUGCGUGAGAUCCGGCAGCACAAGGCGUGCAAACUAAGCCCACCGGACGAGGGCAGCCCGGGCUGCAAGUGCCUGCUCUCCUGA